AGCUUAAGGCAGGUUUUGCCGGACGUCUUCCGACAUGUAUGAAUAACCAGGUUGGAAACCAUUAGCUCAAACAUGAAUAUUCAUCACUCGAGGCAAAGCGCAUUUUCAAUUCGUCAUUGAUUAUCGCAGAAUACCCCACCAUGUUGUUCGUGAUUAUGACGUGGUUCUGAGGUCGUAUCACGAGACUCGAAAGAACAAGACGUAUUCCUGUUAUGACCGCCAUUUUGUUUCUCGCAUAAGAGAUAUAGCGUUGUCUCGCUGAUCGAAACCGCAGGACUUUUCCCGAUGAAGCGUUACCGUGCUUAUGAUCAACUGAUCACGUCCGUUGAACCUAAACAGGGUACCGCUGAACCAAGUGUGAUCGAUAUCGCGGACGUAUCUUGUUCCCACGAUAUCCCGGAUGAUUCCCUUCAAAAUGGUGGUAGUACUGUAGAGGAGAUAAUUCAAAGAAUUGCUAGCCGACAGACCUUCGCGAAGAUUUUAGCGGAGAACUUAAAACGGUCAUCCGAAGUAAAAGCUGAGGCUUGUUAUAACGGCAAACAGGUGGUACUGCAGCGCGAACUUCCGAUGGGAGAUGCCAAUGGCUUGACUGAUUCGGCUGUGCAGGUUCUAAGAAAAAAUCUGAACGUUGAAUAUCAUGACGUGACUGUCGCUGCCACAACCCUGAAUCACGAAAGCUCUGAACCAGCACCGGAAGUGAGAAAUGAGCGUUCUGUAUUCGAACAUAUCAACAGCAACUUUCGAUCUCCCGUUACCUUCGCACAAAACCGCAUUGUCGAGACUGUACCAAAUGGGACAGGGUCAGCGAGCGACGCUCGUGCGUCCGCGGCGGAAGAAAAACAGACGAUGUCGAAGAUCGCAACGAAAGAACGUAAUGUCUUCGAACAUACAAGGAAUACCUCUUACACUGAACAGCCAAUGCAAAGAACAACCUCACUGGAAGGAAACAGAGUGUUUCCCUUUUCUGAAAAACUCAGGCUAUUAACUACUAUAAACAAGGAAAUUGGGAGUAACAUGCCGCCAACGGUACAGCCUUUGAGAACGGGGUAUGAUGCUGUUACUUCUGGCCGGUCCCUACAGCAACUUGUGCAGCUAAACGCGUCAAACAUGCGUUCAAAUGCCAAAUCGUCGCGCGUUGUAAACGGACAGGCUCACCCUGUUGAUACUCAAGUGAUAAUUCCGACAGAACGACCUAAGGUGGACUCGAAUUUGAUAUUUCCUUCAGUGACUCCGAUAAAAUGCGUCAGUCCAGCAUCAGGGUCGACAAGCGUUAAAAAUACUUAUGCGACUAAGGUACCUGCGCCUGGAUUUAACGGCAAUACGAAUCCCGUGGCUGUUCAACCUAGUACUGUUGAGAAACCUAAACUAAUUUGCUUAGACUCCACAAGGAUGACUGGUGAAAAAGUAAACGUCGACAGAACACAGACCAACAUUGCAACAACUCAUCUCAUUGGUCCUUUUAUCAGUACUGGGACUCCUCCUCCGAAUACCUACAUUGCAACUAUCAGGCCUGUGCAUUCACAGCCAUUGGCCAACGGAUUGCAACCUCCAACGUGCCCACAAUUGCAAACUGUGACUUCUCCUGUAAAGGGACAAGUAUCCAAUUCAAAAUUUCAGUUUGUGUUACCGAUGCUUUCACCUGCAGGAAUACCCUGUGGUGUGAUACGUCCACCUGUUUCCUUGACUGCUUUGGAAAGACGUAAUUUACCGAUUCGUACACAACAAGACUUAAUUUGCCCCGAGAGACUGUCAUCUUCACCCGAUAUACCGGAGAGAACGUUUCGGCCAGUUUCCCCUGCUAAGGGUGUAAUUAAUGCCGGCAUUUCUGUUCCUACGCGAGUUUCGUUUCGACCACCGGAUACUUUUCGCUCUUUACCAACUCAAACUGGAUAUUCAAUUUCCCCAAGAACAAAUAGACUCGACAGAAGGGGCUCUGUGGAGGAGGAACUCGCGGACCAAUCUUACGAAUGUGCCUUGCGUGAGUCGGCACACAGCCCUGACAUAGAAAGGUACUUAAGGUGCGAGUCACCCAUUACAGUUCUGAGUUAUUCGAACGAUCAACAAAAUGAAAACGUUUGUGAAAUCGAUACCGACGAAUCGAUUGUUUCGCCUCAUGUGAUGUGCAAUGUGGAUUCGGAUGAUGUUGAAAAUCCUCCCACAAAUUUGGGACAAACUGUGAAUGAAUGCGUGGAGGAAUGCAUAGCAGAAAGUGCCGAAGAAAAUGUGGAAGAAAGUAUGGAAGGAAGUGUGGAAUGCAUCAGGGAAUGUGCGGGAGAACGUUCUUCCGAUGAAAAGCAAGAAGUCGAAAACGUUGAUGACAUAGAAGACGUUGAAGACAUCGGUAUAGACAAAGAAAGUACCAAGAAAAAGCAAAACAGCGCAAUGAUUCGCCGCCUUGAGCCUAGGCUUCCAUCACCUGUUCGUGAAACCAGCGUUGGGGACUUAUACCGAGACCCAAGCCAAUUAACUCGCGAGGAAAGAGCUUUGCAAAGAGCAAUGAUGCAGUUUAGUGAAAUGGAAAUGAAAGAGAAAUCUAAAGAAAUGAAAAAGAAAGACUCAUUCAAAAGACGGUUACGAAAAAGACACAAGGAAAAAUCAACGUUACCAAAUGAUGGGACGAAACAAACAGCAACGAAGGUGUGGAUAAAGAAAUUUAAGCGGAGACGGCUUUGGUUUUCGCAGAGGAGAAGUAUGAUGGUGAAGUCGACAGGCCAAGAGGACAAUUCAGCAGUGAUAAGUAGUGAUAAGCAGCCAGCAACUGUCACAAAGAAGCGGAGAACGAACUUAUUGCAGGAUAGUGAUGAGCAACCCAAGUUGACACGAAAGCGUGUGGAAAGAGAGAAACGAGCUUUUGUUCCCAAACCAACGGAUGCCCCACAAGAAACAGUUGUUUUACCAAAGCAAAAAACCACGACUAAACCUGUGAAAUUGAGAAGAUGCUCUAGCGAGACUUGUGGCCCUAAGGAAACCAAAAAGGAGAACGUUCCAGAAAAACAUUUAUGCAAAAGACCCUCUACUCCCGUUGAAAUGGGAAAAAAAGCCGUUAAACGUGCGAAAGUUGAGAUAGAGCCGUUGCGAGUGAACAAACAGGAAGUUGUUGUGGAUAAAAACGCUAAAACUGACAGGACCCAUCGUGUUACUAAGACGUACAUGCUGGUAACGGCGUAUCAAGGUUUUAGGGAUUUUAAGCCAGUGGUUCUCGAAUCUAGGACACGUGGAAAGUCCAAGCAGACGGAUGGUGUUUUAGAGGGCCAGCAGGACAGUGAUAAGAGUACCACAAAGACAUCAGAGUUUCCUCUGUUGGUGGUUGAAAGUGUAAACUCGAAACCUAUCAGAAAAAGUAUCAUCGCUGAGAAUGAGGAGGUUCAACAACUUGUAGAGAAUUCUCUAAAAGCACGUGGGAAGUGGGAGGUUGAUGACUCUCUUGAAGAGAACACCAAUGAGGAUGAUACCUUGAGAGAGGCCAGGAAGUUGAAUGUGAAUCGCAACACAGGCGAAACCAUAUUGCACAAAGCUGCUCGGUUAGGAUACCACGAAACAGUCCAUCACCAUAUCCAUCAAGGUAUCGACCCUAACGCCAAGGACAACGCUGGCUGGACGCCGUUACACGAAGCUUGCUCCAGAGGCAAAGUUGAUGUCGUCAAGGUGCUGGCCAAGUACGGUGCUGACGUAAACGCCUGCUCUAAUGAUGGCAUUCGGCCCAUUCAUGACGCGGCAGAAGGAGGUUACGUGGAUGUGCUCAGGGUUUUGUUAUCAUACGGUGCAGACCCACAGCUUGCAACGUACUCUGGGAACAGCGCCCUUACUUGUACUAAAGACGUAAACACAAGAGCUUUUCUGGAAUGUUUUCUCGAGGAUGUUGAUUUAAGAAACCCUUCGAUGUCUGCCACAGAAACUGAGGGAUGCUGGGAAUUUGAUGGGUCAUGUGCUGCCAUGGAUGAGUCCCUGGAUCACACUUCUGGAAUAUUCGAGGGCGUUCCAAGAAGUGAAACUGUCCCAGAUGGAGAGUUUGAAUUAAGUGAUAGGCCUCAUCUUCCAACCUACAAUCUACCAUUCAUGAUGAAUGAUGAAUUAACAACCGGGCGAAGAAAUUACGUCCUCCUCUCCGAUGUCUUAGAACAUCUUGGAAUAAGCCGAGGGGCUCUGUUAAAAAAGGCGAAAAGAUUAGACAUACGAGAAAUGCCCUGGUCUCAGUUUAUGGCCGAAAUUGCCGAUAGACCUCUUUGUGUUGUGCCGAAGCACGCUCCAUCGGAUAGCAGCACUCAUGAGGCGAUGGCGGAACUUGUACCUAUUAACUACAACCUCAGAAGACUCCUAAACAUUAGAGUGGAAUCCGUUCACAUGACCUGAAAAAAUCAGGAAGCAUCCACCAUGUCAGAACCAAAGUGGGGUCGCUAAGGUUCACCUCUCACCUCUUUGGAGAUAAAUGCCGUUCACCAAACGGGGAUGGAACCUCUCCAUUCGGAUUCAAGAGGAAGCGAAUAACAUAAUGAUGCGAUUUUAAAUAUUGUCUACCUUAAAUGGACGUAAAUCGUCGCUGUUUUAUCGUUGGAAGCAUGUUCGCAAGUGCAUUGAAAUUGUUAUAAGCUGUUGGCUAUUAGAACAGCAAAGUUGUUAGUUUUGCAGUUUAUUUCUCGUCUAUAACCAAAGGACUGAAGGUUAAGGGUUGUCGACUGUAGUAAUUUUUGGUGGGGGAAAGACAAUAUUCCCAAUGUUUUGCAUAGUUUUCUAUGUUACGAUGGAGAUAUUUACGUUUGUAAAAGAGAAAAGUAACGAGUCUAUUUUUAUACAUUUCCUUUGGAUUUGAGCAGGAGGAUUAGAGGUGCAAAAAAAAUUGCUUCUCAAUGUCUUUGUAUCGUGCCAGCGGUGAGAUGAGGAAGCAUUUUGUCAUCGUGACUGGUGUUCCCUUUGUCAAUAAGUUGUCGUAUAUAAAAGAACGAUAGCAAGAAAGUAAUGAAUCGAAAAAAGUAGUUUUUUUUUUGUAACUGAUGAUCUUAAGCCCGUUCAAGAUGCUUCAAGGGUAGUGGAUGGUUUCGCUGGCUACAAUGACGAACAAUAAAUUUGCCACUUGACAAGAAUUUA